CUACUCCCUCCACGGCAUACUCUUUGCUUCUACCUUGGACCUUGCUAUUCGCCUAUUCUCACUUCCUUCCGACCAAAUCAAUCAAGCCUUGAUGAAGCAAAAGAUUGUGAUCAGGGUGGAGAUGACGUGCAACAAGUGCCGGUCGAAGGCAAUGGCGCUGGUGGCUGCGACGGUGGGGGUGGACUCGGUGGCGCUGGCCGGGGACAGCAAGGACCAGGUGGUUGUGGUCGGCGACGGCGUCGACUCCGUCAAGCUCACCACCGCGCUGCGAAAGAAGGUUGGCCACGCCCAGUUGGUGCAGGUCGGCGAGGUCAAGAAGGAGGAGGAGAAAAAGAAGCCCGCCGAAGCAGCCGCCGCCAUCGUCGAAUAUACGUACCCGUGGCACUACUAUCAGUACCCUCCUGCCGGCGCGUAUAGUUACCAGCAGUAUUACUCCCCGCCGGACACCUGCUGGAUGUAGACACCGUAUACCGCAUUCAGCAUUCUUGAGUAAUCUUUUUGUUCUUAGGUCGGGGUUUUGAUUCAGUAGGAUAUUGCAAAUGCCAACGGUGGGUUCUGUGUUGUACCAUGUUGUUUUCGAAGCUUGCUGAUUAAUUAUUUAACUGGUGGAUUCA